AUGAAGAGUACUCAAAGACAGUUAUCUUGUGAUCAAGGACAGUGCUAUUUGUGGUGGAGGGGUUCAUCACUAAGAGAAGAAGAUGCCAUUUAGCUGCUGGUUGUUGUACAUGUAUGCCCUCUGGCUCAAAGCGUCUCCAGCUGAGAGCGAGUCAUGGAAUGCCGAGGUUCCUCAAUCCGUAGUUGGCCUCGAGGGCUCAUGUGUGGUGAUUCCAUGCCUGUUUAGGUAUCCUGGUGCAGACAGGAAGGUUUCCCACCUCGUAGGAAUCUGGCUAAUGGAUUCUAAUGAGAAAGUCUACCAUCCGGUCACGUCCAAAAUCAGCACCGCAUUCCAGCAGCGGACGAGCCUCUGGGGUGACUUAAGUCACCAUAACUGCUCUCUGAAAAUCGACCCUUUGCGUCGUAGUGAUAAUGGCCCAUUCACAUUCCGGAUUGAGAUUGAAGAUUUCAACAAGUACUCAUUCAUUCACAAUAAAGUGUCUAUUACAAUAAAAGAUUCUCCAGGACAAAUUAAUCUAGCCAUCCCUGAAGAAAUGAGUUCAGGGAAAAGGGUGACCACCACCUGUUCAGUGGUUCACUCUUGUCCCUCUGACCCACCCAAGUUCACCUGGAGCCACAAAGGAACACAUAGCAGCCAAUCACUGCAGCAAACCAAUGGCCAGUGGAAGAUUACAUCAUCUCUGAGCUUUACACUGUCCAGAACAGACCACAAGAAAACUCUCAACUGCACAGCUCAAUUUCCAGGAGGCAAGAAAAGUAGCAGCAGGACAACUCUUGAAGUAAAAUAUGCUCCAGAAAAUGUCGCAGUGGUUUCAGAGGUUUCAGUGGUUGAGGGCAGCACCUUGAACAUGACCUGCUCCAGCGACAGUAAUCCUGCUCCCCACACAUACCACUGGUUUACUGAUGGUGAGACCUUGCUGUCAGAAGGACAGACUUUCACACUGAAGAAUGUGUCCAGACACAUAGGAACCUUCUACUGCACAGCCAUUAACACAGAGGGACAAGCCAACUCCAGACCAACACAGCUCAGUGUAUUAUAUCCUCCCGAGAUUAAAGUUGGGUCCUCUUGUUCUGAGGACAUCUCAGGAGUGACAUGUAUCUGUAUAGUAGACUCCCAUCCCAUCAGUGAUAUCAAGCUGUGGGGUGCAGACCCAUCAUCAGAGCUGCGCAGAACUCACGAAGAGAAACAUGGCACGCUGACUAUAGUGACCCUUAAGGGGGCACAUGGCUUCUCUGACAUUGUACACUGCCAAGCCAUGAACAGUCAGGGGAACUACACCAUGACUUUACAAGUGCCACACAGCCGUGAGACACACAACCUUUUUUCAGGCAAGUUUCUGUACAUUUCGAUUGGUGCCACUGCAUUUCUUGUGGUGACUGUUGGCCUCUUGGUGUGGAUAAAAAAACGCAGUAGGAGCAAUGAAUCCCUUGUAACACCACAGCCAAAGACAGAAAUGAAUGUGACCAGGUCAUCUGAGCCAGAAAGGAAAUGCAAAGAUAUGAGCCCAUGCUAUGAUGGAAGUCAACAUGUGUACGGCAACAUGACAUCCUUUCAGGUUGAGGAGCCAUAUGAACAGGAGUACCCCUACGAAUACGCUGGUGAAUACGAAGCAACGUAUGCUAAUAUGUGAAUCCCGAAGAAACUUGUUUGGAGAAAGUGUGAAAGAUGAUAUUUCAUAAGGGUAAAAUAUUUGAAUCUAACCUUGUUUGUGAAUAUUAAGUGUAGUUUAUUAUAUUACAAUAACAAUACAGUAACAGUACAGUAGUUAUAGUACAGUAACAAAGUAUUUUAAAAGACUGAAUCUUAAUUUAAUAGAAAUUAAUCAUUGACACUGUAAUCCAAGUUUAAA